AUGUUGGAUGGGUAUAUCAAGGAACAAUACGCCAUUCUUGAUGACUACUAUAAAAGGUUGUUGGCUACCAAUCUUGGCUCUACUGUGAAGUUGAAAACUGAUUUGGUUAAUGGGAGAAGGAAAUUUCAGCAUAUUUAUAUUUGUCUUAAGGCAUGUAGAGAUGGCUGGUUGGGGGGUUGUAGACCUCUAAUUGUUCUUGAUGGCUGCUUUUUAAAAGGAUAUUGUAGGGGCACUUUAUUGGCUGUAGUAGGCAUUGACGGUAAUAACUCCAUGUUUCCCAUUGCCUACUGUGUUGCUGAAAAGGAAAACACUGAGGUUUGGACUUGGUUCUUGGAGCUAUUGAAGGCUGAUAUUGGGAGUUUGAGUCCUACCAAGGUGACAAUGAUGAGCGAUCGUCAAAAAGGAUUAGAAAAUGCAGUGGGAGCCAUAUUUAGUGGGUGUGAGGUGAGGUAUUGUGUUAGACAUCUUCAUGCUAACUUUAAAAAGGAAUAUCCUGGACUUUUACUUAAGCAACUUUUGUGGGCUGCAGCUAAUACUACAACACAAGCUGAGUUUGCUCGAGCAAUGCAAGAAGUCAAGGAUGUCUCGGAUGGUGCUUACAAUUGGCUGGCAGGGAAGAACCCCACAGAAUGGAGUAAGUCACAUAUUUCAGAGUACCCAAAAUGUGACAUUUUGGUGAAUAAUUUGUGUGAGAGUUUCAAUGCAGCCAUACUUAAUGCUCGCGACAAGCCAAUUAUAACUUUACUAGAGAAAAUUAGAUUUUGGUUGAUGUCUCGGUUUUAUAACAAAAAAGCUGAGUUGGAGAAGAUGACUCAACCUGUGGGGAAGAGAAUUUUGAAGAUAAUUGAGAAGAAAAAAGAGGUUACAAAGCAUUGUCUGGUUACUAGGUCUGACAAGUUUCAGUUUCAAGUUCAAUGCAGCAAUGGUAGUGCCUUGGUUGUCGAUUUGGAAUUCAGAACUUGUACAUGUAGGAGGUUUCAACUAUCUGGGCUUCCUUGUGGCCAUGCACUAGCUACUAUCUGGUUCAUGGGAGGUAAUGUCUUUGAUUAUGUCCACGGAUUCUAUAAAAAAGAAUCAUUUCAAAAAGCAUAUGAACAGAGUGUGCAUCCUAUGCCUAGUCCAGAUAUGUGGCCUCAGACAGGACUCAACCCAAUUGAUCCACCACCUGAGACAAAGCUGCCUGGAAGACCUAAGAAAGCUAGGAGAAGGGAGACAGAUGAACCUCCACCUGCUUUAAAGAAAGCUCGAAGAACUGGACAAGUUAAAACAUGCAGCAAUUGUCUGAAAACAGGCCACAUGAGAGAAACAUGCAAAUCUGCUAAGGUGGUUGAGAAUCGCGUGGUCAAAAAGCGAGGUCGUCCACCACUGCAGAAACCAACUGAAGCCACACUUUUAAGGAAGGAAAGAAGACUGAAACAACAUGCUAAAGGAGGAACUAGUGGUGCAAAGAAUGCUAAACCCGAUACUGGUCAUGCUGGCCAUGAUAUUGGUCAUGUACAGAUCAGAUACAUUUGGCUUUUUAGGCCUAUAUUUUUGUACCUAUCUCUUAUGGUAAUGAAUGUAACUAGUUGUUGA